UUUUAAAGUUUUAUACUCUCUUACAUAACUCGGGAAUAGAGAAUUUUGUUUAUCAACAAACGUUCCCUGCGAGGUAGGUUAUAGAGCGCAUCUGAUCCCUCGUUCGUCGUCACCCUUCAGUCAACAAGAUAUUGUGUGCAACAAAAUCCAGUGACAAUGUCUGAUGGAGAAGAUUCUCCUGUGGCCGUGGGAGGAGGAGGGGUUAGUGAGCGUCAGUGGUAUGUACCAAAUUUGGACAGCACUGUGUCUGGUGACUCCCCACCAGAUUCUCCUGAAUCAGCAAAUGCAUCAAACAUUCAUACUAGUAAUGAAUAUAUGGAGUUGGAUGAACCAGAGAUGUUGGAUGAGAAAAAAGCACUUCUGGAGGAGUUUGAGCGUAAACGGCGAGCUCGAAUGAUUCACGUAACAACAGAUGACAGUGAGGUAAAGCAACAAUUGAGACAACUGGGUGAACCAAUCUGCUUGUUUGGUGAAGGCCCUGCUGACCGGAGAAACCGCCUGAAAGAACUUUUGUCUCGACUUGGUGAAGAUGCCCUAAAAAAGACAGCGGCUGGGCAACAAGAAACUGACACACCAGAACUUGACCAACAGCGACCAGAAGAGACAUGGUAUCAUGAGGGGCCACAGCCAUUGAAGGAAGCACGGAUGUUUAUUGUUAAUUAUUCUAUUCCUCGUGCUAGGGCAAGAUUGAAAAAGGAGCAUUUAGAUUAUGAGGUUCCAGAAGCAACUCGCACUGCUAGGAGACAGGAAGUUCAAAACAAAUUGCGAUCAUUUGGUCUUCUAGGAAGUCAAAAUGCUGACACACGACCAGUUUGUUACUGUAGUUUUAGUCCAGAUGGAAAACUUUUAGCAACCAGUUCAUGGAGUGGUCUGGUCAAGUUAUGGCAAGUGCAUAACUGCUUAGAAGAGCAAACUUUUCGGGGCCACAAUUGUUAUGUUGAUUGUGUUGAAUGGCACCCUAGUGCCACCUUAUCCAUGGAACCAGCAGGUCUGAAUUUAGUGUCAAGUGGACGUGAUGGAACUGUUCAGCUUUGGAGUUUAAAUAGUGAGGAACCUCUUGGAGAGCUUCCACCUCUUGAGGCAAGAGUAUCUCGAGUACGCUUUCAUCCUAGUGGGAGGUUCCUUGGGGCAUGUGUGCAUGAUAACAGCUGGAGAUUGUGGGACCUAGAAAUUCGAGAAGAGGUCCUUUUCCAAGAGGGACAUUCAAAACCUGUUUAUUGCUUAGCUUUUCAAAAUGAUGGAUCUUUGGGUGCAACUGGUGGCAUGGAUGCUUCUGGACGUAUAUGGGAUCUCAGGACAGGGAGAUGUGUCAUGUUCCUCAGUGGACAUCAGAACCCAGUGUUAGCCAUUGAUUGGUCACCUGAUGGCUAUCACUUGGUAACAGGAAGUGAGGACAACACAGCAAGGGUUUGGGAUGUGAGGCAACGUCGAUGUAUAUAUAUUAUUCCUGCUCAUACUGGUAUUGUUACUGGUGCUCGUUAUGAUAGGAUUGGAGGUCAAUACAUCGUUACAUGCUCAUAUGAUGGAUCGGUUCGUCUUUGGUGUCAUGGAUCUUUCCAGGCUAUGCGUGCUCUUGAAGGACAUGGGCAAAAGGUCAUGGGUGUAGAUGUUUCGCCAACAGAUGGCAUUAUUGCAACUUGCUCCUUUGAUCGUACUUUCAAAAUUUGGGGACCAGAUUAGUGCAGAUUGUAAAUGAGAAAUAAAUAAUAAAAUUUGUAUAUUA